AUGACUACUGCUGCAAUGGCUACGACGUCUUCAAGUCGCACAACGCCUGCACCGGCGAUGGCACCGGCAGAAAAGCCCGAAAAUUUUUUCGGCGUGGACUUCAAAUUCUGGCAUGGAAGCAUUCUGACUUAUUGUGCAAAAAUUAUAUUGAGUUAUUUGGAAGAUGGCUUGUGCAACGUUUACAGUGUCAUGAAAACUUCAAAAGAGUUGUGGAACUCUCUUGAAAAGAAGUACAAGAUGGAAAAUGCUGGACUUAAGAAGUUUGUUGCUGCAAAGUUCUUGGACUUUAAAAUGGUUGACAGUAAGUCUGUCAUUACUCAAGUUCAAGAACUGCAAGUCAUUUUUCAUGACCACCUUGCCGAAGGUAUAAAUCGAAUCAAUAUUGUUAUUACAGAUAUUUAUUAUAUUAUUAAUCCUAAAUUUAUGAUUGUUGGUGUGGUCAUAAAUGAAGCGUUUCAAGUUACGACAUUUAUUGAAAAGUUGCCUCCGAUGAGGAAGGUGAAACAUAAGCGCAAAGAGAUGACAUUGGAAGACCUUAUUGUUCGCCUAAGGAUUGAAGAGGACAACAAGGCUGCAGAAAAGAAGUCUCGUGAAAAUUCAACAAUAAUGGGUGCAAAUAUUAUUGAGGAAGCUUCAACGAGCAAAAAGAGAAAGAAGUCGUAUGGAAUAAAGAAUUACCCAAGCAAAAAGAAGUUCAAAGGUAAUUUCCGCAACUAUGGAACGGUUGGACAGAAGGCUGCUGAAUAUCGUGCACCAACAAAGGACAAGAAGAAAAGCCAAGAAAACAUGAUUGAGAAGAAUGAUGAAAUAGACGAUUUAUGUGCCAUGCUUUUGGAAUGCAACCUAGUCGGAAAUCCUAGAGAAUGGUGGAUUGAGUCGAGGGCAACUCGUCAUGUUUGUGCUAACAAGGAGUUGUUUACUUUUUAUGCUCCUGCUGGACCCGACGAGAUAGUUUUUAUGGCAAAUUCCACUACUACAAAAGUUGAAGAAAUGGGCAAGAUAGCUUUGGAGAUGACUUCUGGCAAGAUUGUGGCUCUAAAUGAUGUCCUUCAUGUUCCUCUAAUGCGGAAGAAUUUAGUCUUGAUAUCACUUCUAGUCAAGAACGGUUUUAAGUGUGUUUUUGUUUUCGACAAGAUCAACAGAAUCAAAAUCCACAAGUGGAUACGUUUUGGUGGAGGAGCAGUGUCUUGGAAGACAUCCAAACAGACAUGCAUCGCCCGCUCUAUAACGGAGUCUGAGUUUAUAGCUUUAGACAAGGCCGGUGAAGAAGCUGAAUGGCUCCGGAAUUUCUUUGAAGAUAUUCCAUGUUGGCCCAAACCUUUGGCACCUAUAUGCAUACAUACUAUAGUCAAGCGACAAUAG